GGAGGAAGUGAAAGAAACAGGACGUGAAUGGCAGAGCGCCCUGGGCAUGGAGGAGCCGGACCUCUCGGCACCCGUCCCUCCCCCCCCCAAAAAAACUCGUAACUCAGAGUGGAGGAAAGGGGAAGGGUCGCAGAGUGAAAGCAAGGACCAGGCUCUGCUCUCAUCUUGGGGAGAGAGGGAAGGAGACGGGCCAGUUCUAAGCCCGGCACACCGGCCGAUUGAAAAAUUGAUGGUGGAACUGCACGCAGCAGGAUGGUUCCGCGGCGGGUCUCUUUAAGAAACGCUAGCGUGCUAGCCCUUUAAGGCGGGAGCGGGAGGGGGAGGGGCAAGCAGGAAGUAUGUCCCGGACCCGCUGUCUGGGCUGAGCGGGGGCACGAAGGAGACGCCGAGCUAGCCGGUGCUACCUUGCACCCUCUCCUUCCCGACCCCGAGCCAGCCCUGGAUUUCCUAGCAGACAGACCUCUUCUGGACCCUCUCCCUCCCCCCGGCCAACCUAGCGACUGACCCGCUGUGUGACCUUGGGCAAGUCCCUGGUUCUCACUGGGCCUCAGCCCCUCCCUCCCGUUUGUAAAAUGAAGGGACUGGAAAACGACGAUCUCUAAGGGCCCCGUCUGGCUCCUGACGUUCUAGGGUUAAGGUUCUUUCCAUGCCUAUCGAUCAGCGGCGUCAGGUCCUUCCUGUUCCAACGUUCCAUUUUCUUUGUUGCAAUUCGGAACGUUCUGUUACAGGUCCCGACGUUCCUUUUGCUGCAGCUGCAAGUGUUCUGUUUCCUAGCGCUCCGAAUGUUCUAUUUGUUUGGAUUCUUUCCAUCACUAACAUUCUGGGGUCAGACUUGUAGGUGCCAAGAUUCCUUUUGGUUCUAAUGUUCCGGACCAUACUGGCUUUGUUCAUUAACAUUCCGUGCCCUAAGGCCCCUGGGAGGACUUAAAUUUGAUGUUCCAAGAUCCUUUCUUGCUCUAGCAUUCUGUGGUUUCAGGGCCCCUCCGACAGCCCCGUGUCCUCUGUUCUAAGACAUUAUAAUAGUGUGACGGUCUUUGCCUGUAACCUCCCGUGUCUCAUCAUUCUCCGUGUAAUCAAGCCUGGGCCCUUUCUCUCCCCACCCCCACCUCACCUUUUCUAGUUUCAGCCCCCCAGCCGGCCUUCCCCGGCUGCUUAAAGUAACACUCACACGCCACUCUCCCCCACCUCCCAAUUCCUUUACCAUGAACAGGACGCCCCUGAAGCGCUCCCGGAUCCUGAGGAUGGCCCUUACAGGGGCCUUGGGGGCAUCAGCAGAGGGAGAGUCGGGGCAGGAGAAGCCAUUUUUGCUGCGGGCACUGCAGAUCGCCCUGGUGGUGAGCCUUUACUGGCUUAUCUCCAUCUCCAUGGUCUUCCUGAACAAAUACCUACUGGACAGCCCCUCUCUGCGCCUGGAUGCCCCGCUCUUUGUCACCUUCUACCAGUGCCUGGUCACCGUCCUGCUCUGCAAGGCCCUCAGCCUGCUGGCCACCUGUUGGCCGGGCACCGUGGACUUCCCCUCUGUGCGGAUGGACAUGAAGGUCUCCCGCAGCGUCCUGCCCCUGUCGGUGGUAUUCAUUAGCAUGAUAACCUUCAACAACCUCUGUCUCAAGUACGUCGGUGUGGCCUUCUACAACGUGGGCCGCUCACUCACCACCGUCUUCAACGUCUUACUUUCCUACCUGCUGCUCAAGCAGACCACCUCCUUCUAUGCCCUGCUUGCCUGUGGCGUCAUCAUUGGUGGCUUCUGGCUCGGCGUGGACCAGGAGGGAGAAGAAGGCACCCUGUCAUGGGUAGGCACCCUGUUCGGGGUGCUGGCCAGCCUCUCUGUCUCCCUCAACGCCAUCUACACGAAGAAGGUGCUGCCGGCGGUGGACGGCAGCAUCUGGCGGCUGACCUUCUAUAACAACGUCAACGCCUGCGUCCUCUUCCUCCCCCUGCUGCUGCUGUUUGGGGAGCUGCAGAGCCUGGCCACCUUCGACAAGCUGGACAGUGCCCACUUCUGGGGCAUGAUGACCCUGGGCGGGCUUUUUGGCUUCGCCAUCGGCUAUGUGACGGGCCUGCAGAUCAAGUUCACCAGCCCCCUGACUCACAACGUGUCAGGCACAGCCAAAGCCUGUGCCCAGACGGUCCUGGCUGUCCUGUACUUUGAGGAGACCAAAAGUUUCCUCUGGUGGACAAGCAACAUGAUGGUGCUGGGCGGCUCCUCGGCCUACACGUGGGUGAAGGGGCUGGAGAUGAAGAAGGCCCAGGAGGAGCUGAUCCCCAGAGAGGGCGAGAAGGGCGAGAUGGGGGUGUGAGCCCUCCCUGCCCUGGUCAGGGAAGAACCCUCCAGGGGGUGGACAGAUCUGGGGAACUGGAGUCUGCUGGCCCCCAGGGAGAGUGGGAGCCACAGUGAAUGAAUCUGGCUGGUCACGCCUGUAUCAUUAUACCCAUUUCUCUAGUGUUUUAUGGUUUACUUUAUGGUUUACAGAGUUCCUCCCUCACAACCGCCUUGUGCAGGUGUGCACGUAUUAUUAUCCCCAUUUCACAGGUGAAGGAACUGAGACUUGGGAGCAGUGACAGGUCACUUGGCCAGUAAGUGUCAGAAGUGGGAUCCCAGCUCGGGUCCUCCCAGAAUUUCUCUCACUGCUGCCUGUAAAGAGGCAUCGGUCUCAUUGUAAGGACCAGCCAGAGACUGUUAUGUGAGUGUCUGCCCUCCCCUCCUGUCUUGGGGGUGUUUUUAGACCUUGGAGGAGGGGUCUCCUAUGAGAGGGUGGAGUGGGUGGAGAAGUAAGUUAUCCUCGCUGUCACCUUAGGAACCCCAAGCCAGAGGGACUGCCCCUCCAUCCUGCUUUCUUCUCCCAUGGGGGAUGUUGUGCCUAGAGGCUAUUAACUAUUGUAAAUGUCCCCAUUAGUCCCUGGGAAACACUGAAAUCUGGAGUGGGAAGCAGGUGUGGACACAUGCUUAUAAACAGAGCCCUCUUCCCUCCUCACAUCUGCAUCCACCAAACCCCUUUGAAAGCAGGUGCUAAAUUUGCUGUCUCCGUAUCUUAAAGGAAAGUAUGGCCUUGGCCCAAAUGGAGAAAAAUGGGCUAUCUGCCCCUUGAUGUGUGAGUAGCUGAGAGUCCUGGCUGGCCAGAGGGUGGAAGGAAGAUUGAAUUGAGCCCAGCUUCAGUGAAGUGAUUUUUCUCCCCCGUGGAACUGCCCUUGGCCUCGGCCUCUGCCCUUGGGGGUUGCCCUGGCCUCGGCUUGGAAAAGAGCACUCUCACUCCUUAGCCUGGGGUGGAUAGUAGCCCCUUGGUUCUCCUUUGGCCUGCCAGGACAUCUGUCCCGGGCUCAGAUUCCAGCGUGGAUGAAAGCCCUCCAGCUGCCCCUAUCUGUCUGCUCCCAGCCACAGCACCCAAUGAUCCGUCUCUAAGGUGAGGGCUGGCUGGGGUUUCCUGGUACUGUGACCUGUGGGCAGAGUGACCUCUGAUCUGGCUCUCUUGCUGACUUGUUUUCUGGCCUAGGAUUUGGUUGGGGUGGGGGCUCUCCAUGUGAGAAGACCUCCCCCAAGUCCCAUGUGAGGGCAAUGUUUGACCUUCCUUCUCACUCCACCCUAAAGGUGGGAGACUCAAAUGAUGCCUUGCGUGUUUCAGAUAGGCCAGGAAAAUGUAACUUCUUUCUUAAUGCUGCUUAUGCCUAUCCCCACACAGGGGCCAGAGGGCAUUUUAUUCCCAUUAUCCCCUAGGAAUGAAGAGGGCUUGGGGUCAUUACAGAGUCCUGUCUGUCUACCUACCCUCUUUCCUCCACAUGACGAAUACUGGAUUGACUUGUAUUGUGAUUGAUAUGAAAGGCUGAGUGUGAGGGAUAUAGCAUCCUCUUUGAGACUGAAUGUUGGAAAGGGGUGAAAGAUCUAUCAUGUAAAGGUGCUUAAUAAAUAUUUGUUGAUUGAUUGCA